AUGCGGAUCACCGGUCAGAAAAAUUACCGAAAAACGAAUUACCCUACCCUCAAUUUUGAAGUUGUUGGUGAAGAGGCGUCUGGUCGAGUUGAUUAUGCAAUCAAAAAAAUCAUAGAUGUCGUUAAUGAAGAGCUGGUAGCUAUAACUGAGGGUAAACAAAAGGAUUUUGUGGCGGGUUUCGUAACAAAACGUACUAAUGCUUCCCAUCAUACAAAUACAAGAAAGAAGAAGCGUUCGAUGAUUUCGACUAUCUAUAUGAAUUCGUUACCACAAGUAGGUUCGAUAUGGCUUCUUGGUAGAAAAGUAAUUGGGAUUUUGUUAGAAAUUGGGCUUUGA